AUGUCUAAAAAAAAUUCAUCGCCCAUUCUCGGACUCUCCGUUGAGAUUAUCUAUCGAAUUCUUGAUCAUUUGGAAGUACGAACCAUCCUUCUAUCACUUCGAAAUGUUUGUACUCGACUCAAUAAUAUUAUUAAUACUUAUCAUCGAUAUCAGACACUAACGCAUGUGAAUCUUAACUCUAAUAAAAUUGGUCCACAAGGCGUACAAUACUUAGCUCAAGCAUUGUACAUUAAUCAGACACUGACGAGUCUCGAUCUUAGCUCGACUAGAAUUGGUUCUGAAGGAGCUCAAUACUUAGCUAUUGCUUUACAAUUUAAUCAAACACUUACAGACUUGUCUUUGGAAUCUAGCAGUCUUGACUCCAAUGCAAUGAAGUAUCUCGCAGAAGGAUUACAAAAAAUAAGACUCAGNUUAGCUAUUGCUUUACAAUUUAAUCAAACACUUACAGACUUGUCUUUGGAAUCUAGCAGUCUUGACUCCAAUGCAAUGAAGUAUCUCGCAGAAGGAUUACAAAAAAUAAGACGUUUAGAUUAUCUCGCAAAUGCGUUACAAUACAACAAGACUUUGAUCGAGCUGAUAUUGAUUAGAAACGAAAUGAAUGGUAGAGGAGCAACACAACUGGGUUGGAUUUUAAAAUCGAAUAAUACAUUGAAAAAACUCAUUUUUUUCUCCAAUCCAAUCGAUUCUGAUCAGAUGAAAUAUGUAGCUGAUGGAUUAGCUGUGAACACUGCAUUGACAGACUUGACUUUUACAAAAAAUAAUCUUGACUCUCGCGGUGCACAAUACUUUAGUACUGCCUUGGAGAACAAUCGAUCUCUUAUCAAUCUGUGUCUUAAUGUGAAUAACAUUGGCACUGAAGGUAUUCGAUAUUUAGCCAAAGCAUUAAACAACAACCGAACACUUACAACAUUAAGUGUUGAACACAACCAAAUUGAUGGUAAAGGUAUGAAGUAUCUUGCAGAUGCUUUACAAAAGAACACUACGAUUACAACACUAAAUUUAUCGAACAAUAACAUUGGAAAUGAAGGAGCACAACACUUAGCCGGCGCACUGGAAAAGAAUACGACGCUGAUCACACUAAAUCUUCUUAAUAAUCAAAUUGAUUUAGCUGCCAUAGAACAAUUAGCCGACCUAUUCCAAACGAAUAAUACUGCAAUCAGAGAAUUUUCUCUCAGUCAGACGGCAUGCGAUGCUCAAGGAGCACAGUGUUUAUUUAAUCCAUUACAUUACAAUAAUACACUUACUACUCUCACAAUCAAAAGCUAUAAAAUUGGCUCCAAAUCAAUGUCAAAUCUAGCCGACGCAUUACUAUACAACAGAACAUUGACAACACUAGUUUUUAAAUCGGUUGACAUUGGUUCUGAAGGAACACAGUAUUUAGCAAAAGCCUUAGAAACUAACAAUACACUCACCACAUUGGAAAUCGUCUUCAGCAAAGUUCGUAGCGAAGGGCGCAACAUUUAUCAAAUGCAUUAA